AUGGCCCUCAGCCACUCCCCGCGCAAGAUCGUACCUCUUGCCACUGGCGACGAGUUGCCGACUCGGAUUAGGACUGGAUCGUUAGGACCUUCUGUCACAAAACGCGUAUUCUUCUGCGGAGUGGUGGUGGAGAACGCGGAGAAUGGCGAAGUAAUUCCGCCAGACGUACAAGACUUCAUCGCAUCUCUUGGAGACCCUCUCGAUCUUGAGCCAGAGUCAGAUAAUUUGCAAUCUUCAUCUGAGACAAAUACUGGUCCGACACCACCAGGCACCCGCAGGCGGGCGAUGACUAACUUGUCUGCGCUCGCAGACAUAAUCAAGGAACUUGUCGUCACUGAGCGUUCUUAUGUCAACCGUCUGAAGACUCUCAAACAAGACUAUGCUGACCCUCUCCGAACAUUUGCCAGGAGUAAAGACACAGCAAUCCUUCCCCCUUAUGAGGCGAAGACUCUAUUCGGAAAUAUUGAUAACUUACUCCCUGUUAACGAGGCGUUUCUUAAAGACUUGGAGAGCAUGGAGCGACUGAACGGACCAGGUAUCGGAGAUGUUGCCCUUCGCCACUUCAAGGAACUGAGGGGGUUCGAACAUUAUAAGCAAUACUACUCUAAGAGAGAAGAAGCGCAAGCGAUCUUUGAAAGGGAGAUGAAGAAAUCAUCUGGCUUUCCAGCUUUUGUCGACCGCAUCAAAUACUCCUCGGCAGACACCAAGAACCGUGUAGGUCUGCGCGAAUUGCUGAUGGAACCUGUGCAGCGGAUCCCGCGGUAUACACUUAUGUUUCGCAUGAUGGUGAAACAUAUGGCCCCAGGGGACCCUCAGCGCGCCUUACUCGUAGAGGCAGACGAGAUUGCAAGCCGCAUUGCACUCGCAGAGACGGACGAGCAAACAAGACGUGCUACGAUAAUGUACUCCCUCAGCGCGAGUAUCGAGGACUUCCCGCCUGCAUUAGUCUCGCAUGGCCGACGCUUCGUCGACUGCAUCGAUGUCGAAGAUGUAAUCUCCGACAUUGGCUCCUCUUCGUUGGGCUCAGUGCAGGCAUCCGGGAAUCUCCAUUGUAGUUUGUUUCUUUUCGAUGACAAAGUGAUGAUCGUGAAGAGACCAGGCGACAAAGGGGGACGUUCGCUUACCGGCCUGGAGAGUCUGGGCAAGCUGGCAAAGACACCCUCGCUCCCCGUACCAAGGAAGAAGAGUGGGUUGUCUUACAAGGGCGUCGUAGACAUUACCGAAGUCGUCGCUACGGAUGUUGGCGGGUCCGAUUUCCAUAUGUAUUUGGAAACUCCUCCACAGGAUCAGACAGACCGCUGGUAUGGUCGACCCUUUCGCUCAUUCUCUGUUGUCCAGCCACCUGCCGCGAUCAAUCUUAAUCCCUCACGCACGGAGGCGGAUAAGAAACGGUUCUUGGAGAACCUAUGGGAAGUCCAGGCGAAGUACCGCACGAAACGCAACCAGUCUGUGGUAUUAGUAGCUGAAGAGAGGGAAGUGGAGAACCGUGGAGGGAAGAGUACGUUGGCUCGGACAUAUUUCAACAUCUAUCAGAGAACCCCAUUUCUGCAGGAAGUCAAGAAGACGAAGGUCGUUCUCCAGAUAGAUGCCCUAGGUUCUGCAGACCCGAUCCCAUUCGGGAUGCAAGGACCUCCAUUCGUAGUGGUGAGAGUGCAGCCGAUACCUGGCGACUUGUCACGCUAUAAAGUAACUUCGAGCGACCCCAACGAUGAGGACGAGGAAGAUAUUGUACAGACUGGUCGUGUCCCGGAAAGAAUAGUGCAGACCAUCCAUCAGUUCGGCCUCUUCAAGUUCCGCACAGGGAAGAGUUCGAUGCCAUCCACACCUACCGCGAGCACUCGUUCCCGGGCGGCCAUAUUUGGGCUUGAUGCUAUCUCUCGUAAUCUGUUCAAUGGUCGACCAGGCUCAUCUCGGGGUGACAUAUUCAGUGGUUCCACGAGCAGCCACAGACGUUCAAAGACUACUGGGACUAGCGGGUCGUCGAUCUAUACGCAAGCGACCUCUACUGCUACUGGCGACAGCACAUUCAGCCGCUUUUCUAGAGCCUCGUCUUCGACCGCCGCGACGAGUGUGAUGGAUGAUCAAUCUAUGGCUGGCAGUAGUAGAUCACGAUCAAUAUCUCGAUCUAAGAAGCUCAUCAAGAGGAAAUCACCAAUGGGUUCCGAAAGCGAACCGGAGUCCUCGCCUACUCAUGGGCGUUCAAGGUCUGACUCGUCGGUGUCUCCCUUGAGGGAAAGGGAGCAGCAGGUCCUCAGUGACAGGGAUUACGGCGGCGGCGUCUUUCACAUGGAUGAUUCCGAGCAGGAUCUCGCAUACCAGUUGGCCUUGGCCAGGCGCAAUAGUGAGAAUCAGAGUGAGCAAUAUGCUCCCGCUUUUGAAGAUGAGCGCAUAGAAGAAACCUUCUAUGAAGAUGUCCCGCCAGAUCCUAUGCUCCCUGCCCCGAGGCGCUCGAGAGAGUUGCCGGAUAUUCCGCAAGAUGCACAGAGCCAACGGUCAUCGACUCCAAGACCAGGAUCAAUUACGCCCACGCGAGUAAUUACUCCCGAUUUCACUACAAGCAGAAGUCGUUCGAUCUCCCACUCUCCCGAGCGCCAUCCGAGAGGCCCACGCACGCCGUCGCCUUUGCCGCCGGGGCUGGAUGACGCAUUCGAGGAAACGUUGGUCAACAUGUCGCAGGUACCAAUAACACCCAUCCCGCGUAGCAAACGUCAACCCUUCGACCCCACGGGUAACAACACGAAUGCCAUUCCGAAGGCUGCGAGCGGCGAAAGUUCAAGGCCACCCAGCAUUGUUGAGCCUUUAUCUAUCAAGAAAAAGGCGUCUGUUCGAACAAAUGCAAGUGGUUCGCCUUCGAAGAAGUCGAACAGCAUAGUGCGCAGUUCGCCUUUGAAAGCGGGGCACCUCGCUUCUCCCCGCCGCUCAUCAGGCCGGAAUUGGCGAGUACACACACCACAUCCACCUAAGCUACCGUCGACGGUUGUUGACGAGGAGCCUCCUCGUCUACUCCGAUUCACCGAGACAACGAAGGAAGAUUUGGAAUCAUGUCGCCGCGCUCUCAAACGAAUAAAACUUGAAACAGACAAGUUGCGCUCCUCGACGCCUACGCCUGCACCCCGAGAAGAGAUUAGCCGUCCAUCCUCUCCCCUCAAGGCUCUCCGUACUCCGCCGUGGGACUCUCCGUCGUCUAUGACUAAGGAAGCACAGGCUCGCAUGGAAGAGAUGGCGAAGCUUAUUGGGAAGCGGACUGAGGUCACUGGACGCCUUCGGAGUCAAAGUGUUAUCGGAAACUCUACACUGCCUAAAUCUCCGGAGAAUACACAUAUUGAUAUUGCCCGCGCCAUUGAUGAAUUCGCUUCCGAAGCGGACCGCGAUUUGGCUAAGGCCCUGGAAACUCAGGCAUCCAUUCAUUCCGACGUCCACGCAGUGGCUAGUCUGCUCACUGAGAGAUCAUCUGAACUGGAGUUGACGAAGGCCGAACUUCGCAGCACCAAGCGUCAAUAUGAAUUGAUCAAAAGUCUCCUCGCUGACUGCACUACUGAGAAAGAGCUUCUGUUCGAGGCGUUCAAUGAAGAACUGGAUGGGAUGUUCAAUGAUGCGAAUCUUCCUGAGGAUGAAGCUUGGGCAGCUAUGACCAGGGAUCUACAGCAAGCCAAGCAGGCUAGGAAUACGUAUUGGAAAGAGAAUUCGGAUCUGAAGAGGCGACAAGCAGAAGUGGAGAUACAGCAUGAUGAAUGGGGCGCUCUUCUACGAGCUCAUGGGCUGAUACCUCCUUGA